CAGCCCGGCGCUCAGCCCCAGCACAGACCCGCCUCCCACAGCCCGCUCGCCCGCCCCGUCCCUUCCUCCGCCUGGGUCCUGUCUGUGUGUGGGGAGUCCUAGCCCGCCGCCACCAUGGAUGCCAUCAAGAAGAAGAUGCAGAUGCUGAAGCUCGACAAGGAGAACGCCCUGGACCGAGCCGAGCAAGCCGAAGCGGACAAGAAGGCGGCGGAGGACAGGAGCAAGCAGUUUGAGGAUGACAUUGUGCAAUUGGAAAAGCAAUUGCAUGUGACGGAGGAUACGAGGGACCAAGUGCUGGAGGAGCUGCACAAGGCUGAGGAAAGCCUCUUCUCAGCAGAAGAGAAGGCCACCAAGCUGGAGGACGAGUUGGUGGCUCUGCAAAAGAAGCUGAAGGGCACUGAGGAUGAACUGGACAAAUACUCCGAGUCCCUGAAAGAUGCCCAGGAAAAGCUGGAAGUGGCUGAGAAAAAGGCCGCAGACGCUGAGAGCGAUGUAGCUUCUCUGAACAGACGUAUCCAGCUGGUUGAGGAAGAGUUGGAUCGUGCUCAGGAGCGUUUGUCAACUGCUCUGCAGAAGCUGGAAGAGGCUGAGAAGGCAGCAGAUGAGAGUGAAAGAGGAAUGAAGGUCAUUGAGAACAGAGCCCAGAAGGACGAGGAGAAAAUGGAAAUCCAGGAGAUCCAGCUUAAAGAGGCCAAGCACAUUGCUGAGGAGGCUGACCGCAAGUAUGAAGAGGUGGCUCGUAAGCUGGUGAUCAUUGAGAGCGAUCUGGAGCGUGCUGAGGAACGUGCUGAACUCUCAGAAGGCAAAUGUGCUGAGCUUGAAGAGGAGUUGAAAACUGUGACCAACAACCUGAAGUCGCUGGAGGCUCAGGCUGAGAAGUACUCACAGAAGGAAGACAAAUAUGAAGAGGAGAUUAAGAUCCUGACUGACAAACUGAAGGAGGCUGAGACCCGUGCUGAAUUUGCUGAGAGGUCAGUAACCAAGCUGGAGAAGAGCAUCGACGACUUAGAAGAGAAAGUGGCCCAUGCCAAAGAAGAAAACCUUAGUAUGCAUCAGAUGCUGGAUCAAACUUUACUGGAGUUAAACAACAUGUGAAAACCUCCUUAGCUGCAACCACAUAUAUAUUUCUUUGUUUUUACACCUGCUUGCCAUGAAACCCCUUAAACAUGUUUUUAUUUUAGUUUCACCACAGUCACAGGAACAUCUGCUAAAUACUAGGCAGGGGUCAGGGAAACACCAAAAUGGGCAAGCCAUAUGCAGGUUGAACUAUUCUAUUAUGGUUUCAAUGUGCCAUUUCCCAAUAUAAUGUUGCCUACACUUUGUAGAGAGUUCAGCAACACCAGUAUGCUUAGUCUGUCCAGGCAUCUUUGAUGUGUCAGAAAGAAUACCACCUCAAGUGCCAGCUAUAUAUUUAACAGGACAGUUAAUGUUGGAGAGACAAAUCAAGUGUGGACUGGUGCUACUUUCAACAAAAGGUACAGCUGUGGUCUUUUGUUUGAUAUUGUACAAUUCAGAAGUUAGUCCAGCAUGGUAAUUUAUUUUAUCUGAGUUUUAUUGAGCUGUGCUAAUUCAAUAAAACCAAGGAUUUGUAAGCCACAAACAAUAUUUAAGACUUUUUGGUUUUUAGCUUGUAUACUUGCAGCUCAUUACAAAUGUGUAGGUCAGCAUUUCAACUUGAGUAUCCAUUCCAUUGUAUUUUUCAUGUUGAAAUGAAAGAUUAAGUAAAUUCUGGAGAAAACAUAAAUUUGGGAGAUUGUUUUAAAAUGUAUUUUAUUUGUGUGGAAUUGGGGGGAAUUUAUAAAUUGGUAUUUGCCUCACUUUAUUUUACACACAUAUUGAGCAGUUUUAAAAGUAUACCUGUAUGUAAACGUUGUAUAAUGAUAUGAAAUAAAACGCACAUUUUAGGACAU